UGGCCCAUUUUUAAUGUCAUUUGCCUCCUGUAAGUAACUGUCGGUGUCAAUAAUACAUUCAUUACUCAAAAUCAUGCGUAAAGUGAACUAAAAAAUCAUUCAAACUAAAUUCUGAUUCCAAAAAAAUACAAUGAUGAUUCACCACUAACAUGAAAGCUCGGCGGAGUUCGAAAGAUGAAACGGAGUUGUACUCCAUCAACUACGAAGACAUUAUUCGAAGCUUGGAGAAGAAAGCUAAAGAGUUGGAAUCCAUCAAUGCUCAUGAAACUGAGAUGCAAUUGGAGCUCGAAAUUUCCCAAAGCCUUAAAGAUAUAAUUGCGUCUCCAAAAAAAGACGAAUCUGUAGUUUUAGACAUAGAAGUGAUUCGACCACCGGAAGAAGAGGCGAUUAAUAAACCAAUAUCUUUCAAACAUAAAGGAAAAUCUGAACUUGUUCAUGACAGGCAGACAAAGAAGAAAAUUAUUGAAAGUUUCAUAGCGCAAUCAUCGAAUCCAUUCCCUGUGACCUGCAAGGUCAACGCUGCCAGUGCCCCAGUUAGACCUCCAAUGAACUAUAAGUAUCGAAAACGAUCAGUUAAUAACAGAGCUGAAAGGAACCAACCCACAAAAGAUGCAAUUGAUAUUCCAAUUAUGCAAGAAGAAAUUCCAAACAUUCAUAAACAGUCUUCAGAGAAGAAACGUAACGAAAACAAACCGUUAGAUGAUCUAAACGAUUUAAGUCUGUUCCAAAACAUGGACGAUGUUAUAGAACAUGUUUACGCAUCCCUUAACUACAAAAAAGUGAGGGCUCAAUACCCCUGUCAUAAUCGCAGUCAACCAAUGGACAAUGAAAAAAAUCCUUGUCCAUGUCAAAAUUGUGCAAUGGUCGGAGUAUUAAUGGAUUCCCAAAAGAGACCCGUUUACACUCCGAGUGUUGAAAACAUGGAAGGCUGCCAAGACCAUUCGGAAAACGCUUCGGGAACGAAAGCAGUUGGCCGAAAACAACCGGUCUCGAAAAAAGAAGAAUACAACAACAAGCUGAAACUACUCAUACGAAAACUUCAGUUACUCGAAGCAAGACUACAACAGCAAGAAGAAAACAAAACCGAAAAAAGGAAAUUAGGUGUCCGAAAUGAGAGUUCAACGAAUACAGAUCGUAAAAAGAGGACAGUUAAUGAUUCCAAAAGGAACAUAGUUAGAAAUCCAAGAGCUAACAAAAAAACCAGUUGCAAGAUCGCUUCUAGCCUGGUUGAGAGGUGUUCUCAUCACAAGCACAAGGCUAUAAACACUAGCAAAGGUAGUGUACCCUCUGGGGUUAAGCCGAGGAGUAAUGCAGGCUCGAUGUUCAAAAAUCACAACUAUCUGCUCUAUUGGGGCAAAGAAGUCAUAGAACCCGGUUUCGAUUUGAAAUGCAAAAUUAAGGAUUUAUUCCAAGAGGAAAUGAAAAACAGCGAAUGCAUGAAAAUCCAAGAUAAUAAUAUUGACGGUGUAAAAAGAAACGCCUUUUAUGAAGAACCCUUGAAAGAUUUUUCAAAGUAUGUGAAAAAUUACUUACAACCAACAUUCACAGGGUAUGCCAAAGAUGAUCUCAGCGCCAGAAAAAUAGAUCACGAUGGUCUACAAAAAGAUAUUCCACGCAGUUCCAUGCAGGAUAUCGGGUUGAAGACGCCCAUUCCGGGAAACUGCAUGCGCUUCCAGUGGAAACCUGAUGACGCUAUUGCUGCUACCACCACCACCACCACGGAAUGCGUUAGAAAAGAAGUUAAUGUAGCUUAUAUUAAUCCCAAUUUUAAUUUCUGGCAGAACCUGGCCAAUUAACGAAUCAGUAUGUACCAAAACUGUGACUUUGAUUUUAGACUGUAAUGAUAUAUAUCGUAAUUAAUAAAACUUGAAAAUUG